AUGAACCUCAGGGUGCGAGGGGUGAAAGAGAUGGGCCCCAAUGAAAACAUACCUGAGAUCCUCUGCACAGUUUUCAGCCUCGCCCUGGGGGGACAACAACCCAGAUUAGGCCUAGUACGGGCCCACUGCGCACUACGAGCAACCCCAGCGCCAGGGGAUCAGCCACACAAUAUCAUCUGCUGCCUAGAUAACUUUAACCUUAAAGAAGACAUCCUACGCAAUGCCCGCCGAAUGGGCAACAUCAGGCUGGACAACCAAGUUGUGACUGUCUACCAAGACCUUUCCCACUACACACUGCUAGCCAAGAAGGCCCUCCGACCGGUAAAUGCGGCACUACAGGCAGCAGGUAUCCCGUACCGCUGGGGAUACCCAUUCUCCCUCUCCGCACACAGGGGACAAGAGCUACACACCAUCAAGACCCCGGCGGAUGUCCAGGGAUUCCAGCACUCCCUGGGACUUCCCCCAGCCCGAGUGCAGAAUUGGCUUACCCACCAAUUUAUACAACAAGCAGCAGGCCCUCUGCCACCACCACCUGAUAGAUCUGCAAGCCGUGACCACACUCAGCGCAGAUACCCAGGGCCACCAGGCCCAACUAGGCCUGAAGAACGACAGCCGCACUAA